AUGGUGCGCCACGACGACAAGCCCGUGGCAAAGCCGAGCGCGUUCCGCGAGUUUACGGGCGCGUUCCGCGAGAUGUUCUCGCGCGGCAAAAGCGAUGGCAACUACCCGCCGCUGGAGCGAAUCUAUGCACUGAUGAUGCCCGAGAAGCGCAACAUGUUGGUGGCGCUUGUGCUGCUGCUCAUUGCCUCGGGCGUCACGCUCAGUGUCCCGUUUACGAUCGGCAAGGUGGUCGACUUUUUUUCCACGCCAGAUGUGUCGCUGCCGCUUGGUCUGACGCUCCCGACCGUGGCCGCGCUGCUUUUGCUUGUUUUCGCGUUUGGCGCCAUGGCGCGUGCAGGGUCGAACAUCCUGCUUGAGUUGAGCGGCGUGCGUGUGAUCCAGAGGAUGCGCGACCGCACCUUUGCAAGUGCCAUCCGCCAGGACGUCGCGUACGCGGACAAGGGGGGAGGAGACACGGUCAGCCGCAUCAAUAUGGACUGCAACAUUGUCGGCGACGCCAUCACGACCGACCUCGCCGACGGCGUGCGCUCUGCCGUCACCGUCUGUGCCGCCGGCAGCGCCAUGUUCUUCAUCAGCACCAAGCUCACGAUGGUUAUGAUGUGCGUCAUCCCUCCGGCUGCGCUCGGCGCCGCGCUCUACGGGCGCUUUUUGCGCAAUCUCACACACCGCACCCAGGACGCCGUCGGCCACAUGACGCGCUUCACCGAAGAGCGCCUGAAUCCUCCUGCCUUCCGCACCAUUACCGCAUACAAUGCCCAGCGCUCCGAGUGCAAGCAGUUUGACCGGCAUGUCGAGGACAUUGUGCGCCUCCAGACGAAGGAAGCGUACGCGGGCGGCAUCUUUCACUCGGGCCUCGGGUUCGUCGGGAACUGUGCCAUUGUCACGCUGCUCACCUACGGCGGCCACCUCGUCAGUCUCGGCCAGCUUACUGUGGGCGAUCUCACUUCGCUGCUCAUGUACACUGCGUACCUUGGCGGCGGCGUGAUGCUCAUGACCUCCUUCUUUACCUCGCUCAUGAAAGGCGUCGGCGCGGGCGCGCGUGUCUUUCAGCUCUUGGACCGCACGCCCGCCAUCAAGCUGGGCGCGGGACGCGCGCUGGACGUGGCCAAGGUCGACCGCCGCGGCGCGCACAUUCACUUUGACAACGUGCGCUUCAGCUAUCCUUCGCGCCCCACGUCGCCCAUCCUCAACGGCGUCACGCUCGACAUCAAGCCAGGCAGCAGCGUGGCUUUGGUCGGGAGCUCGGGUGCCGGGAAGUCCUCUGUCCACGCCCUCCUGCUCCGCUUUUACGAGCCGGACAGCGGCACGGUCGAGCUCGACGGCGCCGACGUGCGCGAAUUCACGCCGGAAUCGCUGCGCUCCGUCAUGGGCGUCGUGCCCCAGGAACCCAUCCUGUUCGAAGGCACCAUUGCGGACAAUAUCGCGUACGGCUUCCCCAGCGCCACGCGCGCACAGGUCGAAAACGCAGCGACCGCGGCGCACUGCACCGAGUUCAUCCGGAUGAUGCCCAACGGAUUCGAUACACGCAUCGGCCCCCGCGAGCUCAGCGGCGGGCAGCGCCAGCGAAUUGCCAUUGCCCGCGCGCUUAUUCGCGAGCCGAGUGUCCUCCUCCUGGACGAGGCCACGUCUGCCCUCGACUCUGCCUCGGAACUCCUGGUGAAUCAGGCAGUGACCGACAUCAUCGAGGAGGGCCGCGUGACCGUGUGGAUCAUCGCUCACCGCCUCAGUACCAUCCGCGCGGCCGGGCACAUUAUGCUCCUCAACGACGGCCAGAUUGCAGAGUCGGGCACGUUCGAGCAGCUCGACCGCCCCGGCACGCAGUUCCGCGCGCUGAUGGCCACCCAGCUCACUUCCGUCACCGACGCGCCCCCGGAGCGUCCUUUCGCCGACCGCACGCCCGGCGCGCGCCGCGGAUUGCACACCGCACGCCGCGCCGCGCCGCAUAAACACGUGCCAAGCCCUGUGUGGAGCGUCCAGACGCUUGUGCAGCGCGCUUUGGCCAAGCACCAGCUGCGCCUCGACGAUGCGUUGCUGCACCGUCUGCACGAGCUCGCCGCCCUGCCGCAGCCCGAGAAGGAAACCUUGCGCCGCUCAUCGCCAUGA